GGGACGGACAGCAUCGACCCCAGGGAGACAAGUCAAACUCCAGUCACAUAUUCUUGACACUGGCGGAGCAGCCCUUCGGUCACGGCAGAAACCUACCCGCCAUGGUGGGGUCAAUGCAAUGGACAGAGGAAGAGACCAGGUAUCUGAGGGCCAUACUCACAUGGCAGGCGAAACCCGACCACAAAAGAGCGUCUUUGAGAAACAGCACUCUUGCCCUGACCGAAAAUCAGGAUGAGAUGAAGAAGCCUGUGGGGGACCUGCGCAUCCUCGUCGUCGGAGCCGAGGGGUGCGGUAAGACAAGCAUUCUGACCAGGUUCUGCACAGAUGCGUUCCGCGGAGACGCUGGGCCGGCCGACUCCUCCUUCGAGGGCGGCUGCCGGCGCCUCGUCGAGGUCGGCGGCCAGAACUACGCAGCCGACGUGCUCGAGCUGCCGGGCAGGCACCUCUCGGCCGACGUGAUGUUGCAGAACGCCCUCAACAUCACUGAGGGGGCUGUCCUGGUUUACGACGUGACGGACCGCACCUCGCUUGCCCUCGCGGCCCGCAUCCAGCACUACAUCAAGGACGCAGUCGGCCCCCGCGAGUACGGCCUGCUGCUCGUGGGCAACAAGAGCGACACUAGUGGCGAGACCGGAAGGGUCAUUCCCGCGACUGACGGCAAAGUGGUCGCUGUUUCCUUCGAUAUGGAGUGCGGCUUCAUGGAAGCCAGCGCCAGGACCGGCGAAAAUGUUGCCGCCAUCUUCCCGGCCAUCGGACAUGAAAUACUCCGGCUCAGGCUUCUGAGCAGAGAACAGAGGGAAGAGGCAGAAAUGGCCGCAAUGCUGAACAUGAAAGCGCAGACGGGAGCGGCCAUGAGGAGCAGGCGAGGGAUAUGGAAAACAAUCACGAGCCCCUUUGCUAGGCGGCGAAGCGCCAUGCCACUCUGACGCGCCGUAGGCCUUCUAGGCGGUGGUGGUAUUCAAGGGUCGGUGAUGGUAAUCUUUGCUUUCCACAUGACUGGAUGCGAGGCCCUUAUUUGUCGUCUUUGUUGUUUCUCUGUUCUUUUCCUCUUUCUGGAUGCAUGUGAUCGGAAUGGGACAUGACGCUCGGUAUUCGUCCAUACCGAAUCUCCAAUGUCACCAUUCAUUCUCCAACAACCACGUCUAUCGUAGGCUUCAAUGGCUAUCCUACAACCGAAGCAACACAUAAUCAGUUCGCGAGAAUCCGAUACCUCGGCAUCCAUACAAGUGCAAUAACACAGGCACCAAUACUGUCUUCUCCAAGUCAAUACCAUCGCCGUUUUUGCCGAGGUAA